GCGAAUGAGUUAUCUAAAUCCAACAAUAAGAUUUGGUCUUCAAAGGUGUCAUUUCAGAUCCCACUUCAAACCACUUCAGAUAGCUACAAGUAAGGAGUUGAGUCUUUUUCCUUGAACUUAUGCCACCACUAGGAUAUAUGCUCAUUAAUACUUUCUCUAAUAAAGGUGUUUGUCUAUAUAAACCAACAUACUUAUAAAAAGGAUCUAUAACUCGUCUUUCAAUGGCUCUCUCUUUUACAUUUCAUGCCCUCAUCUCAGUUCUUGUUCAUCUAUCUUUUGUAUCAACUGCAAAGCAUAGCCAUCACCACCACACAAGUCACAGUCUUCAUCCACACACUCCAAGCUCUAACCAACAGCUUCAACAAGCGUACCAUGCACUUCAAGCAUGGAAGAAGGUCAUCUAUUCCGAUCCAAAGAACUUAACAACGGACUGGGUUGGUCCUUCAGUCUGCAGCUACACUGGCAUCUUCUGUGCCCCAUCCCCAUCCGAUCCAAACACUCUAGUUGUUGCUGGAAUCGAUCUCAACCACGGUGACAUCGCUGGUUUCCUGCCUGAAGCCAUUGGCCUUCUCUCGGACCUUGCUCUCAUCCAUCUCAAUAGCAAUCGCUUCUGCGGCAUCCUUCCUAGUUCCUUGGCCAACCUAUCGUUACUCUAUGAGCUUGACCUCAGCAACAACCGCUUUGUAGGACCUUUUCCGGAUGUCGUCCUUUCACUCCCUUCUCUAAAGUACCUUGACCUUCGUUACAAUGAGUUUGAAGGCCCCUUGCCUCCAAAACUUUUCAGCAAUCCCCUCGACGCGAUUUUUGUGAACAACAAUCGGUUAACAAGCCUCAUUCCCCGAGAUUUCGCUGGAACAACCGCCUCCGUCGUCGUCUUUGCCAACAAUGAUUUUAGCGGUUGUCUGCCUCCAACAAUAUCCCGCUUUGCAGAUACCUUGGAAGAGCUUCUCCUAAUAAACUCAAGCUUAUCUGGAUGUCUACCACCCGAAGUUGGAUAUCUCUACAAGUUACGAGUCCUGGACGUGAGCUACAACAGUUUAGUUGGCCCUGUACCUUACAGUCUCGCUGGUCUAGGCCAUUUAGAGCAGCUGAAUCUGGAACACAACAUGUUCACUGGCACUGUACCUCUUGGAGUCUGCGUUUUACCCAGUCUACUUAACCUUACCUUCUCUUACAACUAUUUCAGUGAAGAAGAAGGCAUCUGCAGGAACCUGACUUCUAGAGGAAUAGCCGUCGACGAUCGCUACAACUGUUUGCCUGACAAACCGCUUCAGUGGAGCCAAAAAGUCUGUGAUGCUAUACUUGAGCACCCCAUAGACUGCUAUGACCACGAAUGCUCAGCCAUGGCUCCUCUGGUUGCUCCAUCUACAGCAGGGCCUUCCAUUGCUCCUGGUCCAGCUGACACAUAAGGAUUCACUUGUA